UUUACACACACAAAAAAAAAGAAAAAAGAACAGAGAUCAGCAGAGCAGCUGUUCAAAAAUGGAGGAACUAAUAAACUACAGUCUUCCUGUAGAAGAAGAGGAAGCAGAAAUUACCGACCUGUAUUCCACAAUACGCCACAAUCCGAAUCUCCUUCACGCCAUUGACAACCACCACUUCGCCGACACGCCGCUGCACACGGCGGCCGGCGGAGGGCGGACGCUGCUGGCGCUGGAAAUCCAGCGCCUGAUGCCUUCGUUCGCGAGGAAGCUGAACCCCGACGGCUUCGCUCCGCUGCACCUCGCACUCCUCGGCGGCCACUCCGACACCGUCGCCGCCAUGGCGAAGGUCGAUCCGCCGCUCGUCGGCGUUCGGGGGAGGGGAGGAGUUACGGCUCUGCACAUGGCGGCGGAGAGAGGCGAGGUUGAUUUACUGGCGGAAUUGCUGAUGAUUUGGCCUAAUUCGGUGGAGGAAUUGACGAUUCGCGGGGAGAGCGCGGUCCAUGCGGCGGUGAGGCGGCGGCGGACGGCGGCGGUUAGGGUUUUGGUAGGGUGGUUGGAGAGAAUGGGGAAAAUGAACGAAGUAUUGGGAUGGAGGGAUUGGGAGGGGAAUACCGUACUGCACCUCGCUGUGUUAGCUAACGAACCGCAGAUUCUAAAGUUACUAGUUAAGAAAACAUCUAUCAAUGAUAAAAAUUCGAAGGGCUUGACGCCGCUCGACAUAGCAACAACGGAGAAUUCACCGCAGGUAGAUGAUCGAAUUUUGCGAAUCCUUCGCCGGAAAAAGGCCAAAAACGGCUCAACCAUUCGGAAAAAUUCCAAAAAUUCAUCUAUUGCCGAUUUCUUGUGCUCAAGUAUAACGAUUACCGAAUGGUUAAUCAAACUCAACUCAUAUCUCGACUUAGGGAUGUCGAGCCAAACAAGAAAUUCAAUCCUCGUAGUGGCCGUGCUCAUUGCAACCGCAACUUUCCAAGCAGCGCUUAGCCCUCCCGGAGGAUUCAACAAUCAAAACUCGUCGACCAAUGCCACGGCUACAAUAAAUAAUGGUACAGAUGAAAAUGGAAAAGUGGCGAUGCGCAGUGAUAUUUUUCAGGUAUUCGCGUCGCUGAAUUCAAUACCGUUUGCUGCCUCGUUGGGAACGAUAUAUUUGCUAUUACCGUGUUCUCUCAAUAGUAUUAUGCUCCAUUUGUCGCUAUCGUUCUUGCUGACGAGCUAUAUAGUGGCAAUAAGGGCGACGUCGCCGUCGUCUGGCAUUGAUGCCGCAUCAAUUUAUACAUCGGUGGCGAAUUUUGUUUUUUUAACCAUGACAUGUGUAAGAUAUGCUCAAAUUAGGCAUGGCGCAAUCUAUUCUAGAAGGCUUAUAGGUAACCAUAACUUUUACAACAUUGACGAAGCUCGAGCUAUGGUUUUUCACAACAGGUAUUCGAUGCGUACCCACUCCUAAUUCCACCGGCUAUUCUUGUAUAGAGGCAUAUGCCAACGUAUGUAAAUCUAUAGUGUGUUCACUUGGCGUUUUAGCUAGUUGAUUUUUUAUUUUUAUUUUAUCUUAGAUAUAGCAAGACAUGCUAGAAAAUGAUAUUUUGAAUUGAAUAUUUGAUUUUAUUUAUUUUUUGGGAAAUAUGUUAUAUGGGUGAUAUAUGUAUGUAUUGUAUUAUUUGGUAAUAUUAAUCGAAAAUUA